GAGGGGUAAGCACAGUGAGGCGCAGAGAGGUUUUUCCUGCGUCCUUCAUGCAUCGACAAAAAUGGUCUGCACAUAUCACGAAAGAAACCAAGAGAACCCCUGAGAAGGACUGGUUUGAAUCAGAUUGUGAAGAAUUGAAGAAGGCUCUUCAUGAUCAAGGGAUCCCCGGAUACUGGAAACUACCGCACCAUUUUGGUUUUGAGCCUUGUCAGAAUCCUGUGCAUUAGUGUUUGAUGCACGAAUAUACAGAUUUCUCAGCCUUGGGACAAUAGUCACCUGCACGAUCCCAAGCACUUCUUAUCAACACAAUUUCCCCUCUUUCCACUGUCAGUUCCAAUUUCCCAGAGCUUGUCAGACAACAGCUAUUCUCCAUACCGGUUGUUCUUCGCCUCGAGUCCCGUAUUCACUUCCUUUUGUUGGAGUUCUGUUGAUUAUGAGUGUCGCCCUAUCCACCGAUGAAGAUUCAUUCUCCCUCUUACGGCCGCCAUAUUCCAAUGCAAAUGAAUCAACUCCCUUGUUGGGGAAUGACUCCGGUCGUCCAUUAUACUCGGAUGAGCCCUGUAGGGACAUAGAGGACGGAACAACCUCCUCCUCAUCCACAAUUUGCUCUACAGAAGAGGAAGCGGGUUUGCUAGAUCUCUCAAGAGUGAGUUCAAUACCACAAGGACUCCAGGUCGAGCCGGCUAUAGAAAUAGUCGUUCCUGCGACGGCGAAUAACAAAGCGCUUCCGGACGCUCAAAAUGCGGCCACAUCUGGCUAUGCCUCGCGGUUCAUUAAUGUCUCUCCCAUGAGAUUUUGGCUUAUCUUCAGUGGUGUUCUAAUGGGGUAUUUAAUUGGGUGCUUCGACUCAACCCUGAUGGCCUCAAGCCACCCUGUGAUCACGUCUCAUUUCCAUGCCUCGAACUCAGCCUCGUGGCUUUCAACUUCUUUCCUGCUGACUUCCACGGCAUUCCUUCCUCUGUUUGGGCGGGUCUCCGAUACCUUCGGUAGGAGACCCGUAUAUUUGUUUGCGAUCUUUGUCUUUUUUGUCACUACAGCGUGGUGCGCAAUGGCUCAAAGUAUCGGCAGUUUUAUCGCCGCUCGUGCCCUCUGUGGCCUUGGGGCUGGUGGGGUGUUUUCAAUGGGAAUGAUACUCUCCAGCGAUUUGGUUCGCAUAGAGUAUCGCGGUAUCUAUCAGUCAUAUGUCAAUCUCUGCCUCGGAACGGGUGGCUCCCUGGGUCUUGCGUUCGGUGGGUACCUGUGCGAUCAAGUGGGAUGGAGAGGUGCGUUCUUCGUGCAAUUACCAUUCAUCUUCGUCUAUUUUAUAGUCGCUGCCUGGACAACACCCGCCGAUCUGGGCUUGAAGAGUCAGCACAAAGACCAAAUGACCGUUUUCCAGCUCAUCAAAAGCAUCGACCUCGUCGGGUCCGCACUUUUGGUCCUAAGUGUUACAUCUUUGAUCAUGGGUUUAAACCUUGGCGGUAAUGUUUUGAGCUGGUCUCAUCCCCUUGUGAUUUCGUCCUUGGUUGUAUCAGUCGUCCUAGCACUAGUUUUCAUCCCUUAUGAACGACGAGUGGAACGAGCGGUCAUGCCAAUAUCAUUGUUAUCGAAGGAACCCCGCGCGAGUCUCAUUUUCGGGAAUUUCUUUGGAUCUAUUGCCUGCAAUACAAUGAUCUUCAAUACCCCGUUGUAUUUUCAGGCUGUCAAAUUGGCCAGUCCAACCGACUCAGGUCUCAGGCUGGUCGCAUCCACAAUCGCAGUGACGAUAUCCAGCGUUGCGACUGGGUUUAUAAUUACCUGGUCGAAACGCCUCAAGCCCACGGUGAUGAUUGGUGAUGUAUUUCUCCUUAUCGGUGGUUACGCUGCCUCGAGAAUAGGCGUCGACACUCCUGAUGUAGUCGCUAUGAUUUGUGUCUCCCUUACAAGUCUGGGCCAAGGGUUCGCCUUCCCGUCGCUGAUGGUCUCUGUGCUUGCGACAAGUGACCAGGAGGAACAAGCAGUCGCGACGACAACUUUGGGGCUGUUUAGAAAUCUUGGAUCAGUUAUGGGUGUGGCUACCAGCAGUUGGAUUUUCCAGAAUACCUUGGUUUAUCAGUUGGAAGAGAGAGUGACAGGCCCCGACAAAGAAGCUGUGAUCCAGCUUGUUCGUAAAUCCGUUCAUGCGAUUGCUGGACUAGAUCCACUCCACAAGUCUCAAGUGAUUGGCGCGUAUGCAUCGGCUCUUCGUUUGACCUUUCUCUCUGCGGCUUUCUGCGCUGCCCUUAUGCUUAUAAUGCAUUUCCGGCUGCGUCUACCUCGUCUGGGAAGCAAGGAUUGAAAUUGAUCCGUAAUUGCUCAUGAUGUUUACCUCGUUAGCAUCUCGAGCGUCAUGUAAGCACCCACCUCUCGGCAUCUAUGUGGAUAGAUGGAUACAUUUGAAGUUCUCCAUAGAUUAUGGCAAAAGUUUGAUUCAGAACCAUGAUGGUGUAAAAGAUAAAAUAUAAUAUUUUAAACUUGUG